AGCUAGCCAGCGGCCGCGAUCGAGGCGCGGGCCGGGAUCCGUCCAUGGAGAGGUACGAGCUGCUCAAGGACAUCGGCGCCGGUAACUUCGGCGUGGCGCGGCUGAUGCGGCACAAGGAGACCAAGGAGCUCGUCGCCAUGAAGUACAUCCCGCGGGGCCUCAAGAUUGACGAGAAUGUGGCGAGGGAGAUCAUAAACCACCGGUCGCUGCGGCACCCAAACAUAAUCCGAUUCAAGGAGGUGGUUGUGACGCCGACGCACCUGGCGAUUUGCAUGGAGUACGCGGCCGGCGGCGAGCUGUUCGACCGGAUCUGCAACGCCGGGAGGUUCAGCGAGGACGAGGCCAGGUACUUCUUCCAGCAGCUCAUCUGCGGCGUCAGCUACUGCCACUUCAUGCAAAUUUGCCACCGGGACUUGAAGCUGGAGAACACGCUCCUGGACGGCAGCCCGGCGCCACGCCUCAAGAUCUGCGACUUCGGUUACUCAAAGUCGUCGCUGCUGCACUCGAAGCCCAAGUCGACGGUGGGCACGCCGGCGUACAUCGCGCCGGAGGUGCUCUCCCGCCGGGAAUACGACGGCAAGACAGCCGAUGUCUGGUCUUGCGGAGUGACCCUUUAUGUGAUGCUAGUUGGCGGUUACCCUUUUGAGGAUCCUGACGACCCCAAGAAUUUCAGAAAGACCAUUGGGAGAAUAAUGUCAAUCCAAUACAAAAUACCUGAGUACGUCCAUGUAUCCCAAGACUGCAAGAACCUCCUUGCCGCCAUUUUCGUCGCAAACCCUGCUAAGAGAAUAACAAUGAGGGAGAUCAGGAAUCACCCCUGGUUCUUGAAGAACUUACCUAGAGAGCUCACAGAAGCUGCCCAAGCAAUGUACUACAAAAGAGACAACAGCGCCCCAACUUACUCUGUCCAAACUGUCGAAGAGAUCAUGAAGAUCGUCCAGGAAGCACAAAAACCACCUCCUUCCACCACCCCGGUGGCAGGUUUCGGAUGGGUGGAGGAGGACGAGCAGGAGGAUGGCAAGAAGCCAGAGGAAGAAGCAGAGGAGGACGACGAAGAAGACGAGUAUGAGAAGCAGUUGAACGAAGUGCGUGCCAGCGGUGAGUUCCACAUCAGCUGAUCGGGCUCCGCUGGCCUGAGAAGACCGCAGACUAGAGAUAAUUGUCAUAAAUGUGAUAGCAGAUGAUGGUCUUACCCUCAUCCUUGUAGUUUGUGGUCUCGUUCUAAGUUUUUUCUCUUCAUUCUUGUCUCUGAUGCUGCAACGGUGUAAAUUACCAAACUGGUUCCGUCGCUGUCUUUACAAUGACUGAUUAAGUUAGCAUGCGGAAACAUAAUGUAUGGAAUAAAUAAUAUUAUUGAGAUGUUGCAGUUUUCUUUCA